AUGAAACGUAAAACAAUAACAAUGAUAAUUGAUAUUGAAUAUGAUGAAAUGAAUGUGUAUUUGUAUGAUGGAAAUGGAUAUGAAAGAGUUGAUAGAAUGAACUAUAUAAAAGAAGAAGAAAAGAAAAUAAUUGAAGAAGUCAUUGGAAAUGAUGAGAAGAAUGUGAAAAUUAGAAAAGAAAAUAUUAAAGGAGUAGAAAUGAUGAUUAAACCAGAGAGUAAAUUAUCAAUGAUAUUCAAUAAUAUUAAGAAAGAAGUAGAAAAGAAAGGAGAAAAUGAAAGAACAAUCAUUUGUAUUCCUAAUGGAACAAGUCAAGGAAAUGAAAGAAGAAUAGAAAAUUCAACAAAACUAGGAAGAUUAAACAAUGUACAAAUCAUACGGAAAUAUCAUAUAAUUGAAAGAAUACAUUCAGAAGAAUAUAACAUAGAAACACCAAUCAUUAUCAUAGAAAAUACAGAAAUAACAUAUGGAAAUAUUAAAAAAGAAAAAGAUAAGAUAAAAAUAAGAAUAAUAAAUAAUAUAAGAACAAACAAUAUAAUAGAAGAAAAUAAAGAAAUCAAUAGAAUAAUAUCAGAAGAAAAAGAAGAGAAAGGAAUAAUAAUAAAUAAUAAAAUAAAACAAGAAAACAAAAUAACACACCCAAAGAUGGAGAUAUAA